AUGGCCGGUAGGAAAUUGCGAAAUAAAACUGAUGAUGGUGAAUCGUCUGGUGACGAGAUGGUUGCUCCUCCCGCUCCUGGUGCAGCUGCUGCUUCGGUGUCUUCAGCGGAUGUAUUCGAAUGGCAUUCACCUUCGGAGGGAGCGUUGGCCAGCCCAAGUGCCCCUGAGGGCGGCAGGCAGGUGCAACGUGAUAAGCCCCGUAGGGUGCGAGGCAAUAAAGCACAUGAACGUCCGCAGGACUUCGAGAAAUUGGAUACUCAAUUAGAGCAGGAGCGACAGGCGACAGAGGAUCUGUUCGCGUCGCUGCCGUCUGUGCCCAUCAACGAUGAUGAAGAUAUAAACACUGGAGGAGUUUAUCAUGCGCUGAGUCGCAAGGAGAAGAAAAAGAACGCUAAGAAUGCCGCGGCUCCAGCGAGUAAAUCCCAGAGCAAUAGCAAACCACAGCUGCCGGUGGUUGCGGCGAGUGAUACGAUGAUGCUGCAACUGCUAGCUAAGCACCAGGCGGCUCAGAGGGAAGAGGCUGAGAAGAAGAAGAAAAUUGAAGAGGAUGAGCGCAAACGGGUUGAGGAGGAGGAGGCUGAGCUACGUCGGCAACAGGAGGAAGAGAAAGCUCGGCUGGAGAGGGAGGAGCAGUGGAGGAGACGAAGGGAAGAAGCUCAGAAGCGCCAGGAUGAAUCGAAGAGGCGUGAGGAGGAAGAGGCGAGGCAGAGGCAGGUCGAAGCGGCUCGGAAGGCUGAAGAGGAUCGUCGGAGGCAAGCGGUUGAGGAGGCGAUUAUCGAUCGACAACUGUCUGUGAUCUCGGCGAGCCGCUCCAAUUCGGCAAAGCAGCAGUGCAUCACUUCAAUGAAGCACUUCUUACAGAGGCUCUCUAGGCAAUAUGAUAUUCAUGUUGAUACUGGCAGCUGGAAGAAACGCCUUGAAGCUGAGGGGGAGGGAGCGGCACCUACUUGGAAUUGGUGCGAUCAGCUUUUGGUAUUCCGUCCGCUGGACUCUCGAGGGUCUAAGGUGUUGCCGACCCCGAUGUCUUCAGCUAUGGACACUGAUAAUUGCGAGGUCCGUAUAACGCAUGUAAUGCUGUGUACCAAUUAUGUUGGUCUCAUUGUUGGCGAUGUUCAAGUAGAUGGUGAGGAGAGUCGGGAGAGGCUUGCGGCUGGUGUUAUUGUGUGUGGUCGGUCUGGAGGUCUGCCAGGGCAGUCGCCGGUGGGGACGUACAGAGCAAUAGACGUAGUCAGAGCGGCACUACGCAGAAACAAGGACGUUCUGGAUAGCGACUGGACUAUGCAGGGCGUGAAGGAGCUGAGGGACCUGGACGUGACACCGCAGUCGAGCCUCACGAAUGUGGAUCAUAAACAUGAGGAUGUCUACGUCCAAGAGCUGAGCAAACCGAUGAUCAUAGCGGCGCCUCGAGAGACCAUCACGGUUAAGCAGAGAGCUCCUCAACCUCGCUCUGGGUCGACGAGUGGGUUGGUAGUGCCACCAUGGAGGAGGGGGACUAGCGCGACAGAUGAGCAGCAGCAGCUGCCUUGGGCUAGUGGUGCAGCGGCAGGUCUACACAGGCAACAGAGUGGUAGGGAGAUGCUGACUAUGUCGAAUGCCUUAUUACGUACUGGGGAGAAGAGGGAGUACACCGACUUCCAGACGUGCUUGGAUAAGGAAGGUCGUAGUUAUGGUAUUCUCGAAAUGCUGAGGGUUCGUCAAGGCGCUGCCAGUGAGGAGCCACCUAAGGAGCUUAAAACACUGCGAGUGGUGAAGAGCGAGGCGGUUGGGGAGAAGAAGAAGCGAGAUGGUGAAGCUGAAGGGAAUAACGUAGGGGGACGAUUUUCUAUGGGAACUGAGGGAACUACUGAGAGUGUAUCUUCACCUUCGAGACCUCGUGCUGCGGAGCCAGCAAGGGAGGCGCCGUGGCGAUCGGUAGCUGUGCCGCCGAGUAAGGAGGCAGCAGGGUUUUGGUGA